ACGAGCGCUCACCGCUCUACGUAAGCGUUCCACUUCCUGUGUUGGGCGUAUCGUCAUUCUUUACCCGCGUUUGUUAAACAAGCUCUCGUUGUUUGGCGGGAUUUGUGUCAGUAAGAGCAGCUCCAUAUUUUAUCGCAAGCACCAUGCUGUUUUCUGGGAGAAGAAAGAAGUUCGGGACAAGCAUCCAGACUGAGCUCUACGUGCAGCCGCUGCAAUUCUAUGGGCAGCCCCCUCUGGAAAACAUCUCUCUCUCUGAAUUUGAGACCUUUGCUGUGGACAGACUGAAAUUGUUGAAGACGGUUGAGAACCUGGGAGUGAGUUAUGUGAAACAGUCAGAGCAGUACUCGAAGAAACUGGAUUCUGAGCUGAAGACCUUGAACUUUCCCUACAGGUCUGAAGUUGAUGACAGAAAACUUCCAGGUGGACCAAGUGAGAGUGAGAAGCGAAGAAAGGACCAUAUCUCCCACUUCAUUCUCAGAUUGGCCUAUUGUCAGACGGAAGAUCUGCGGCGAUGGUUCAUUCAGCAGGAGGUUGAUCUUUUCCGCUAUCGCUUUAAUGGACUGCUUUCAAAACAAAAGCUUGAGUUUCUUCACAAGAAUAAUCUCCAGUAUGACGCAAUUAGUCUCAAAGAGAAGAAGGAGUUAAAGGAGAAACUUGUCAGCUCCACUUACGCCGUCAGUGGAAUCACUGUAGAGGAUCAGGACUUCUACAAAGUUCCAUUUCAAGAUGCCCUUGAUCUUGUGAGAACAAGGAAAGUGUACCUCAAGGAAGGCUACGCAUACAUUCCUCAUCAGGACAUCGUCACCAUUGUUCUCAACGAUUUCCGCACAAGGCUGUCCAAAGCUCUGGCACUGACAGCUCGCUCGCUACCAGCGGUGCAUUCCGAUGAGCGUCUCCAGCCACUCCUCAACCAUCUCAGCCAUGCAUAUUUGGGACAGGAUUACAGCAUCCAGAAGAAUGUUGGGAAAAUCUCUUUGGAACAGAUUGAUUCACUUUCAGGAAAAUCAUUCCCGCUCUGCAUGAGGCAGCUCCACCAGGCCCUUAGAGAGAACCACCACCUUCGCCACGGAGGGAGGAUGCAGUACGGUCUCUUCCUCAAAGGCAUCGGCCUCUCUCUGGAGCAGGCUCUACAGUUCUGGAGGUCGGAGUUCAUAAGGGGCAAAGUGGAUGGAGACAAGUUUGACAAAGCAUAUGCUUACAGCAUCCGCCACAUGUUUGGCAAAGAGGGCAAGCGGACAGACUACACGCCUUACAGCUGCAUGAAGGUGAUUUUAUCAAACCCACCAAGCCAAGGAGACUAUCACGGGUGUCCAUUUCGUCACAGUGACCCCGAACUGCUGAAGCAGAAGCUCCAGGUCUUCAAAGUGUCUCCCAGUGGAAUCGUUCAGAUUAUGGAGCUGGUCAAAGGAAUGCACUACCAGCUGGCGUGCCAGAAGUACUUUGAGCUGACACACAAUGUGGAGGACACGCCUUUCUCGCUCAGUCACCCCAACCAGUAUUUCUCAGAAAGCCAGAAGCUUCUGGGUGGAGGAGGAGGGGGAAAGGAGCUGAAGCGAGAGGUGGAUGCUUCACAGAGGUCGCAGGAAAACUCUUCCAGCAGAGGGUUCUCGGCAGCUCAGGAGGCAGCAGACUCCGAGCAUGAAGCUGAGAUGACGAAAGACCUGAACGCUUUCUUUGAAGACGUCUGAUGUUUUUGUUUAAAUAUAUAAAUGUACCAGAAUUUGUGCAUGUUUAGAAAUCGGCAAAAUUAGAUGAAAACUGUUGGCGACAUGUUGGAAUAAAGUCAUUAAUAUUCAUCUCA